AUGGACCUCCUACUAUUAAAAGUUGAAGUGCAACAGAGUGGAGUGAUGACGACGAAGAUGAGUAAAAAGGAUGAUGCGGCGAAGACAGAUGACGAUGGUGACAUCAUAGAGAUGAACCUGCAGCGUGCCAUCACCGUUAAGAGCAAUUACGUCAGCAUCGCCGGUGGAAAUGGGUAUCGCAGUGACAAAAAGAUCCUCACCCAGCAGCGGAUCUAUGGGUGGCUGGAGGGUGGCUCCCCCGUUAAAAGUUUUCAAGACUCUACCUCAAACUCUAACAAAGAAAAUGAUGAUGGUGGAGAUGUAUUGGACAGAUUGAAGUCGUUGGGAGAGAAGGAGGAGUUAUUAGAAUGGCGGGAGAUCUUCGACAAUUGCACUUACCUCCUAGCUGAGAUCACAGAGGAAAAGACUGAUGGGGAGAUACAUGACAUAUGCAUUGGUCUUGAGAAGAUUUCAACAUUUCUGUACAAGUGCCUUCAAGUGACAUAUAACAGACAGCAGCAGGUUAUCUUUGACUGUAUCACCCUACUAAAUGGAAUACUUCUGCCACUACCGGAGGAGGAAGAUAAUUUAAAGAAUUUAAUAUCCUUGGUCUGCGAAUUAUCAUGGAGGCAGGAGUCGUGGCUGAGAAGCGAGAUCGAUGAUUGGAUGCUGAACGUCCUGCAGUAUCUCAUCAAAAAGUGUCUUCUUCCUAAUUUAAAAAUCUCUACGCUGAAGAGAUUGAAUGUUAUCAAAAAAUGCCUACUCGAUGUAGACUGGGAAUCGGAUGGUAUCAAUGUUUAUGAGGAUGAAGUUGAGGACGACGAUGGUGGUGGUGGUUGUCGCUGUGGUAGUGGUGGUAGUCGCUGUGGUGGUGGUGGUCGAUGUGGUGGUGGUCGAUGUGGUGGUGGUCGCUUUGGUUGUGGUGGUGGUGAUGAGAAAUCAUCCAACCAACCUUUUGUAAAUUUACUGGUGGACGCUUGUUCUUCUGAAAAUUUUCUGAAGCAUGAAGAUUGUUUAGAAGAGGAAGCCAUACAGGAUCUCAUGCACGUCUCCAUCCACAGCCCUCGCGAUGGCGGGGAUCAGUCCCAGUUCCAGAAGCUUUACAAGAUCAUAUCACACAUUCACAACCACAAAAAGUUGUUGGAAGUCCAAGAAAUGCUCUUCAAUCUCUACACACCCUUCCUGUUCAAACUCCUCAAGGUGCCAAAUGGUACGAUCCGUGCUAACAGUGCCACGGUGCUGUGCGAUGUCUUCCCAUUGGUUGACGUGAAGGGUGGAAAGGAGGGCAAUGAACUGCUUCAACAACAGCAACUCAACCUCUUGAUGGUAUUCUGUUUCUGUGUGGCUAUUGUCGCUACUGCUGGUGUGGUGGUGAUCACAAUACCAAACAACCUAUCCAACAACAACAACACUCCCAACAACACUUCCAACAACAACAACACUCCCAACCACAAGGACUGCAUGGAAGACGACCACAUAGUCGUGCGACAAGUUGUGGCUAUGGGCGUCUGCAAAUUGUUGGGCGCCUACUGGGAGAUCGUGCCCCUGGACACCACCAGGCGUCUCAUCGAUCAGCUGAUCGCUAGGCUGGCCCGAGAUGUCAGCUGUUCUGACGUCAGAGUUUGCGUUGCCAUGGGCUUCAUGAACUUGGUGGACAACGCACUGGCCCUACCGGCUCUGGAACACAUCUUGCCACAGCUUUACAAUCUCUUCCACGACACCAAUUACAAGGUCAGAAUUGCAUUCAUAGAACUACUCGCCAAGGUCAAGGACGUUAAAAUGUUGAAGUUUUGGGAGGUGGUUCCUUUAAAAGUCAUCCUCUACAGGCUGUCCACCGACAGGCCCGUGGUCGCUAGGAAGAUUGCGAAACUUUUGAUUGACAUUUACACUCCGCCCACUAUUGGCCUGUCUGACCAAUUAAAAAGAUGUAAACAAAUGUGGCUGGCCAAUCCUGUCGCGGCUAGGGUGUACUUCAAAUAUGCUGCUUCCUUAUUGGACUUGAAUCAUUCCUGCAAAUUGAUUAUGUUUAUCGUCUGCUCAUUGAGUAAACACAUAACAUCAAAGUUUGAUGAUAAAGAUUCGUCGUUGUCAUCAUCACAUCACGAACCAAUGAAUGACGAGGAUCGCACAAAUACUGAUGACGCAGACUCCUCCCAUUCAUCAAAUGACGACACUUCAUUGGACAGCGUACAUGUCGCUAGAGGCAUGUGUGACAUGGCCUACAUCCUAUUCGUUGGCAUUAAACCAUCUCUCUGCAAGCCAGAAAAUGAGGGUGAUAACAUCAGAUUGGUUACAUUCAUUCCAGAGCACAUAUCCAUUAUACUGAAGCAUGUAACGGAUGACGUCAUCGUCGAACCCUUACUCUUGAUGGCAUCUCGAUUCAGCGGCAAAGUUUUUCCCGCCCUUUCCUGUGGAAUCAUGUCAAAAUUAUCAUCGUUAGAGGAAGUUACUGAUGAUGAUGAAGAUGAUGAUGAUGUGAGAGGACGAAAAGAAAAUUAUAUACAGGCUGCAUUGAGGAAAGCCAAAAAGAAAAACCGACCGGAAAGAGCUGCGACAAAUCAGCAAUCAGAUUUGUAUAAGGUGUAUCUGGAAGUCGCCAUGAGGUGGGGAAAGGGGGCGGAGUUACUGGAUCUCAUUGAUGAUUGGUUGUUGUUUUAUUUGAAGGAGAAGGAGACUCGUAAAAGGACCUCGAAUAGGGUCGUUAAGUUUUCCAGCGCUGUCGUCAGAAAGCCGAAAUUGGGGCUGAUUUUCUUGAGACAAAUUCUUCAUUCUAAAGCUCUCAGGAGCACGUUGCUAAUGAACUACAGGGACAGAUUGGCGUCAUUUCAUAGAAACUUAAAAAGCGUUCUGACUUGCAUAGCCAGUAGAUUGACUGCUAAAUCGUUGACCCAAUUAAAACCGACGAUUUCUGACCGUUCAUUGGUGGAUAUUUUUAGAUGUUACCUCGUUAUUGAACCCUUGUUAAGCGUCGGUACCUUGACCUUGACCUUGGCAACGUUUGAUAACAUAGCCUCGUGGAUUGUUGGCAACAUGAACGACUGCAACUACAACGGCAAAAAUGUUGCUGGUAGAAAUCAGAAACUUAGCAAAAAUGUGAAAAGUAAGAAGCGGAAGAGGCUCUUGAGUCAUGACGACACGACGUCGCUGCUACAAUCGCCAACCGCCGUGGCUUCCAGUUUUAGUAGAAAAAAUGCAGCAAACAACAGCAACCACACAACACAUGGCGGCAACCACACAGCAACUGGCAACAACCACACAGCAAUUGGUAACAACCACACAGCAAACAUUAGCAGCAGCAACGACAAUGAUACUAUCAACAACUAUCUCAAUCAUGAUACAUCGCUCCACGACAUCACCAGUAGCAAUGUCAACAGAAAUGAUGAUGUUACCAUGGAUACCAUCGUUGAGGGUGCCGAUGGUGGUGAUAAGAAUGACGACGACGGUGGUGGUGGUGGUUGUAGUGGUGGUGGCUGUGUGGGGAGUAGGAAACUUUGUAGGAUGGUGCUUAAGACUUACCUGGAAGCGUUGAGAGACCUGAUCAUAGUAGGGAUGAUGAAUGCCAGCCACUUCCAAAAGGUCAUCAACUUCUUCAAGGACAUCCUCGCAUCCAGCAAUCCCGCAUCAUUCCUAUUGGACGUUUCACUCAUUACCAUUGCAAUGCUCAAACGCCUUAACAACAACAAUAACAACAACAAUAACAACAACAAUAACAACAACAAUAAUAAUAACAAUAAUAAUGAUGACGAUGAUGAUAACGAUACUAAUGGUGACGGUGUUGACGAUGAUGUGAAUGAAUUUAUGAUGGAGUUUGUAACGCGCCUCAUGAGUUCGCCAAUUGAGAUGGCUGCCGAUGAUGAUAGUAAUAAUAAUCGCAAUCAGUACAACAGCAUUAGCCAAUCAGAGACGAGCAAAUUAGUGACUGCGGUCCUAUCAUUUGGUCAUCACGUGAGUAGGAAAAGAUGCAUAGCAUUGGUAGAUCACAUCAUCAGAUCAUCACAUUCAUCUGUCAUUCAAAAUGAAAGGCUGAUGAAGAGAUUCGCAGAUGAUGAUGACAUCGUCAGUGCUUACUUUAAUGAUACCUCGAAAAAUGAUGAUGAUGGUGGUGAUAAUAAUAAUAAUAAUAAUGGUGGUAAUAAUAAUAAUAAUAAUAAUAAUGACGUCACGUUAUCAUCAAGAUUACCGUGGUUCCUGCAAUUCGUUACGGGCGUUAUUAACCAUAAGAAGUUUGAUAACAAACUUUAUAGAGAUCACGUGAUGAGAGUGACGUCACAAAGUAGGGAUGCGCUCGUCGGACACGUUGUCAUAUUAGAGAGCCUACAUUUGACUUCGAAUAAAAACGAUGCAGGCGUUAGAGAGAACCUCAAAUGUUUAACACACUUCCUCUUGGAUCGGUUGAAGCAAAUACACGGAAUGCAGUGUGACGAGAAAGAUGAUGGUACUCGAGAUGAUGAUGACGGUGAUGGUGAAGAGGAGGAAAUGAUACCCUGGAAGCGGAAAUGUAUUGGGAUUUUGAAGAGGUUGAAGAAUUGACUGACUUGAGACUCUUCUAGUACUGACACUACUGACUGAUUUAGGAAUUCAUUUUGUUUCUGUUUUCUGUUUCCUUCAAAAUACGAAUUGUUACAAAUUUUCAAAGCGAAAUAAAUAAUUUAAAGUAAUUCA